AUUUCAUGAUACCAAAACAAACAUGAGCUCUAAAUACAAAAAUUAUGGUUUAGAUGAAUAUUCAAAGUGACAACCAAUCAUGAUUGAUCAUUUUGAAAUGACCCUAUUAUCAGAAAUGGUCUAGUCCCUAAUGAAUACCCUUUUCACUUAUUAAAUAUUCAUAUAGAAGAGGUGUGCGACAUUUAUUCUCUAUUUUUUCUGAUUUUGAAUGAGUAAGAAUCAUCACAAAUUUAUUUUGUUGAAAGAAAUUAUAAAAAGGUAAACAUUGGCACCAAAUUUGGAUUGAAACUUUGAUAACUUCCUUUCACUAGAGGUCAAGACUUUGUAAUAACCGUCACCAUGUCAUCAAAGGAAGAUAAGGAUUCACAAUCGCUUCAUCCAGACUCCGCCACCACCCAUCGUCGUAGAGGUUCGUCGAUUGGAAAGAUUAAUGUGGGUGAUACUGGAUCUCCAUCAUUUUCAACUAUGCAUACUUCAAAAGUUCAAAGAAAGAAAUCUGAAGCUAGAAUAUUGGAAUUAAGUGAAGAAUCUAAAUCCGAUGCUGCCAUCGUUAAGAAAAUCUAUGUUGCAUUCACAGAACUUGCUUAUAGACAUACUUGGAUUGUUCCAUUCAUAGUAUUAGCUCUUUCAUUGGCAACUUUUUAUUUAUCAUCUCCCGAAAGUGAAACUCAUCAAUUCUUAGCAAAGUUGAUGAUUCCAUCCUAUAAGAUUGAAGGAACUGAUCAAUAUGGAAAAGGGGUAAAUGAUUUUUACUUUGUUGGUUUCUAUUCUAUCUUUUUUACUUUCACCAGAGAAUUCUUUAUGUGUUGUAUCUUAAGACCACUUGGUCUUUACUUUGGUCUUAAAAAGGAAGCCAAACUUAAAAGAUUUAUGGAACAAACUUAUGUAAGUUGUUAUAAUGCUUGUUCAGGUCCAUUUGGUAUUUGGAUUAUGUCUAAAUUACCUAUUUGGUUAUUUGAAACAACUCCAAUUUAUGAAACUUAUCCUCAUUUUACUCAUGAUAUUUAUUUCAAAAUUUAUUAUUUGGGUCAAGCUGCAUUUUGGGUUCAACAAUCUAUUGUAUUAGUGUUACAAUUAGAAAAACCAAGAAAGGAUUUCUAUGAAUUAGUUUUCCAUCAUAUUGUCACUAUUGCAUUAAUUUGGAAUUCUUAUAGAUUUCAUUUUACUUGGAUGGGUCUUGAAAUUUUCAUUACCAUGGAUGUUUCUGAUUUCUUCUUAGCUUCAUCAAAGAGUUUGAAUUAUGUUAAUUUCCCUUAUACAGGUCCAUAUUUCUUAAUGUUUGUCUUUAUUUGGAUUUAUCUUAGACAUUAUGUUAACUUAAAAAUCUUGUAUUCAGUCUUAACUACCUUUAAAACUGUUGGUGAAUGGGAAUUAAAUUGGGAAACUCAACAAUAUAAAUGUUAUAUUUCUCAACCAAUUGUAUUCUUUUUAAUUGCUGCUUUACAAUUGGUUAAUAUAUAUUGGUUAUUCCUUAUUUUCCGUAUCUUAUGGAGAUAUGUUUCAGUUGAUGGUGGUCCACAAGAUGAAAGAAGUGACGAUGAAUCUGAAUCAGACACUGAAUCUGAUGAAAGUAACGAAGAAGAAUCAAAGAAAGUUCAAUAGAUUUUGUUUUCAUUCUGUCGUUUUUUGUUAACUUCAACUUAUAGUAAAGUAGAAAAAUGCCUCUAUUAAAGGGCUACAAUAACUAACAUAUAUAAUAUUCAUUUAACCUCCUCUAAAUAAAGUCUUAUAAUAAUAAUUAUCAUAAUUCAAGACUUCUCAUUCUUAAUAUUUAAUCUUUCAAUAUCUAAUCUUAAUAUAA